AUGGCUCAGCCUAGGUUUGUGACGGAGAUUACCGGUUUCUAUAGAUGGUUCUUGGUUAUGCUUCUUUGCAUUGAUUGCCAAGGCUGCUUAGAAGUGGAAAGAGCAGCUCUUCUACAAAUCAAAGAUUCAAUGAGCAGUCCAGUGGAGUCGGCUUUCUCAAACUGGUAUGGAGAAGAAUGUUGCGAGUGGGAGGGCGUUGAAUGUGAUGCCACUCGUACUCGUAUUCAUAACAUCUUCUUUCACUACUUGAGGGAAAAAAGCGAUGGCGAGGUUGAACCGUGGUACCCAAACGCUACCUUGUUUGCUCAGUUUGAGGAGUUGCAGGAACUUGAACUGCCAGGGAAUCAUAUUGGAGGAUUCGUUUCGCUUCAGGCAUUCAGAACACUGAAGCAGCUUCAAAAGUUGGAUCUGCGUGACAAUUCCAUACGCAACGGCUCUAAUCUCUGUUGGGGGGAAUCUCCUUCUCUUUAUUACUUGGAUGUGUCUGGUAACAAGUUAGAAGGCAAUAUUCCUGAUUGUCUGCCUGACAACUUGCUUCAUCUUCAGCAUCUGGAUCUCUCUUACAAUCAAUUCAAUGGCUAUUUUCCUUCUUUGCUAAUUAGCAAUCUGAAAAAUGUCGAGUCACUUUUUCUAUCAAGUAAUGAGUUUCAAGGCGUGAUUUCGCUCUGCAUUUUUGCCAAUAUGUCGAGGCUGAAUGAACUUGAUAUUUCCUUCAACCACUUGGAAGUUGAAUCAGAGAUGGAGUCUCCAACUUGCUCUCCAUCUUUCAGACUAAAUACUCUGUCUUUAGGUGGUUGCAACCUCAAGAAAAUUUCUCCAUGGCUGUUUCAAAAUAUCACUUCAGAAUUAUGGCUAGGAGACAAUAAUUUGACUGGUCCCUUCCCCCAGAACAUAAGCUCAAGGCUUACUUUUCUCGACAUUUCUGACAAUUUCUUGCAUGGGACAUUACCCAGAGAUAUCGGCCUGAAUUUUCCACAGCUGCGCCAUUUAGAUCUUUCCAACAACAGUUUCAAUGGCAAUCUGCCCCUGUUCUUGGGGAACCAACUUCAGGUGCUGGACUUAUCGGACAAUCAGUUCCAAGGAGAAAUUCCCCAAGGUAUGGCAAGCAAUAUGAGUUGUCUGAUAUAUUUGAGGUUAUCCGGAAACAACCUGACAGGAGCUUUGUUUCCCAAAAACUCAAGUUUUACUAAAUUAAGAUGGCUUUAUCUCAGCAAAAAUCUCUUGUCCGGAACAUUCCCACAUGCCCUGUCGAAGAACAUGGAGUUGGAAAUUGUUGACAUUCACAAUAACAACUUAUCAGGUGAGAUUGCAUCUUACUUGCCUGUCUUGCCAAAAUUAAAAGUACUACUCCUCGGAGGGAACCGGUUCGAAGGGCGAAUACCAUCGCAAAUUUGCCAAAUGAGGGAUUUGCAUGUUUUAGAUCUAUCAAGAAAUGGUCUUUCUGGUGACAUUCCCGACUGUGUUGACAAUGUUACUUCUUGGACGGAUCCUCUUCCUUACUAUAGCCAUCCGUCUUACUACCGGAACAAUAUUGAGUUCGUCUUGAAAGGCCGACUAGUAACUUUUCGUAUGCUGUUGUCAUUAUUUACGGGAAUAGAUGUGUCUUUGAAUAAACUAACAGGGAACAUUCCGAUCCAAAUGACACAUUUGAGGGGGAUUUAUGUUCUAAACAUGUCGAACAACCUUUUGACAGGUCAAAUACCUUCAUCCUUGGGAAACUUGGCAGUACUAGAAAGCCUAGAUCUUUCACACAACACUCUCUUGGGUGUAGUACCCCCUGAAUUAACUGAUCUUUUAUUUCUCGAGGUUUUUAACGUCUCUUUCAACAGUCUGUCAGGCAUGAUACCAACGGGACGACAGUUUGAUACUUUUGCAAAGGACAGUUACAUAGGCAAUCCCGGCCUUUGCGGACUUCCAAGUUCAAACAAAUGCAAUGACAGUGCAGAUACACCACCAGUUUACGCUAGUGCAGAGAAGUCGAUUCUCAGUCAUCUACUUUUGCUGUUUUGGUCUUUAUUUUCUAUUUCUCUCUCUUUAGCGUAAGAUCGGAACCUGUAAGUCUUAAGAACCAUGUAUGGCGAACUGUUCAUUCAGGAGGAAGGAAAC